AUGUCUGAUACGCACCCUUUUGAUCCUCUUGUGCCCCAGGAAAUUACCAAGGCCGCAAAAGUUGUCCAAGAGCUACUUCAUGAAAAAAGCUUCAACUUUCGCUUCAUCACCUUGAAAGAGCCACCAAAGCAGGAGAUGAUAGUAUUCUUAGAGAGAGAACAUCUUAACCAGCCUCAAGUCUCCCGACCUGGUCGUAUCGCUCACAUCCAAGUGGUCGUUCGUGGCGACUCGGAGCCAAAUGAACUCACCGAGCUUCUAGUUGAUCUGGACCGGAGUGUUGUCAUUCAACAAGAGAUCCUUGUGGGAAAACACUCCUUCAUUGACUCGGCUUAUAUGAAAGAUGUUGAGAAUGCUUGUAUGGCAGACGAGAGGGUACAAAAUGAAAUUGGAAAGUUGAGGUUACCUCGAGGGGCUUCGGUCGUUGUCGAACCGUGGGCUUAUGCCACUGAUGGCAUGAACGACAUGUCGGAACGGACUAGCAUGUGUUGGUUUUAUAUGCGACUAGUGGACAAUCCCGACGCCAACUAUUACGCAUAUCCACUUGACUUGUGUGCGGAGGUCUCUGAGCAGCUCAGGGUGACCAAGGUCUACCAUUUACCUUCGUCUGUGAGCGAGAGUGUUCGUGAAGAAGCACGGCUGUACGACCCCUGCAAGAUCCAUCCCACUGAUAUGAGUGAAUACCAUCCCAGUCUGCGACCACCACCGCGCACAACCACCAAGCCCUACCAGGUUGUCCAGCCAGAAGGGGUUUCCUUCAAGUCACACGGAAACCUAUUGACCUGGGAGAAAUGGACUAUGCGCGUGGGCUUCAACUACCGUGAGGGUCUCACGUUGCAUGACAUCCGCUAUGACGGUCGGAGUCUCUUCUACCGACUGUCAUUGGCAGAGAUGUUUGUGCCAUACGGGGAUCCUCGUGCUCCGUAUCCACGCAAAGCUGCAUUUGACCUUGGGAACGACGGGGCUGGGAUCAACGCAAACAACUUAUCGCUUGGAUGUGAUUGCCUGGGACUGAUCAAGUAUUUUGACGGAUGGCACAACACUUCCUCGGGGGAACCCUUGAAAUUGCCCAAUGUCAUCUGCUGUCAUGAGCAAGACGAUGGGAUUUUAUGGAAGCACACAAACUUCCGUACGGGAAAUGCCGCGGUGGUCAGAUCACGUAUCCUAGUGCUGCAGACCAUCAUCACGGUCAGCAACUAUGAGUAUAUCUUUGCUUUCCACUUUGGCCAAGAUGCUUCGAUUCAUUAUGAAGUCCGGGCCACUGGGAUCUUGUCUACCAGUCCCAUUAACAUUGGUGACGAAGUUGGAUAUGGUACUAUUGUUGCUCCGGGUGUCCUUGCGCCAUAUCACCAACACUUGUUCUCUCUUCGUAUCGAUCCUGCGAUUGAUGGAGUUGCAAACUCGUUGCAGGUUGAAGAGUCCAACCCUUUGCCCUUUAACGACCCAUCUGUCCUAAAUCCGUUCGGGGUCGGGUACACAACACAUUCAAGGAUUGUGACAGAAGAGGGAGGGCUAGAUCUUGAUUUUAACAAGAAUCGCACGUUCAAGAUCAUCAAUGAGGCGAAAGUCAAUCCUAUCACCGGUACGCCGAUUGGAUUCAAAAUUGUUCCAUGCUAUAGCCAACUGCUACUGGCCCAUCCAGAGUCUUUCCAUGCAAAGCGAUCUGAAUAUGGAAACCAUGCAAUCUGGAUCACCCGUUAUAACGAUAACGAACUUUUCCCGGCCGGAAAACAUACUAUGCAGUCCCUUGGCAGCGAAGGAAUCGACUCAGCCAUUGCUCAGCGGAGAAAGGACCCGGACUCCAAGUCAACAGUGCGAAAUGAGGACAUUGUUAUUUGGCACACAUUUGGAUCCACGCACAAUCCGAGAAUCGAGGAUUGGCCAGUGAUGCCCUCUGAAAAGAUGACGGUUGGUCUCAAACCGGUCAACUUCUUUACGGGAAACCCGAGUUUAGAUGUUGCUGUGUCAAGUCAAGAGGAUAACAAGAGUAGACUUGUUGAAUCGGCGAAACCAAAAGUCCAAAUUCUACUCUCCGUGGAUUUUGAUGCCGUCUCGGGCUUCCUAGGGACUGGUGCUUCGGCUACAACCAAUCUGGCCGAUUAUAGCAGUGGCUUUUUCGCAGCGCAAGUCGGAGUGCCACGCUUAUUGCGUCUCUUUAAGAAACAUGGAAUUAGUUCCUCCGUGACUUGGUUUGUCCCCGGUCAUUCAAUGGAAUCAUUCCCAGCAGAGACCAAAGCAAUUGUUCAAUCGGGCGCUGAAAUCGGUUGCCAUGGAUAUGCGCACGAGGGCUCCAGUCAAAUGACUGAGUCACAGGAGAGAGAGGUCAUCGCCAAAUGUGUGCAGCUGGCAACCGACUUGACUGGAAAGCAACCUCGAGGAUGGAGAGCACCAUUAUAUCAGUUGCGAACACACACCAUUCAAGUUCUAGAAGAGUUUGGAUUUUUAUACGAUUCAUCCCUCACGCAUCAUGAUUCGUCGUUGUACUUUGUCCCUCGAAUGUCAGAGCCCAAGGCCAUUGACUUCUCGCCUUCCAAGUCUGCUUCUACUUGGAUGAAGCCCCUCCCCGCUCCUGCAGCCAGAACUCCCCAGACUUUGAUUGAAAUUCCGUGCAAUUGGUAUAUGGAGGACAUGACUCCAAUGCAGUUUCUUCCAGCGGCCGAAAACUCGCACGGGUUCGUUAGUCCGAUCACCAUUGAGCAAAAUUGGAAGUCGCGGUUUGAGUUCCUCUACAGUGAGGCUGUCGAAAAAUCAAUCGAGGAAGAUUCCGAGCAAGGCUUUGUUUUUCCUUUGGUGCUGCACCCAGAUACUAGUGGAAUGGCUCAUGUGGUUGGGAUGAUUGACCGAAUGAUUUCGUGGCUCAAACAGCAGGAGGUUGAAUUUGUGACAUUUGGCGAGUGUGCGGCAGAGUGGAAAAAGAAUCAUGCUUAA